CCACUGAACACCCCAUACCAACCCCAACAGGGAGCACCUAGCAAUAGGUAUCCUGCUGACUGUGCUGUUAUUCCACGAAUUGGCGGCUAAACGAUCGAAAACGGAGAUGGCAGGCUAUGACAAAGUAGCAUCUCUGAUGACAGGGGACAAGGGGCUGUCAAUAUUUCGCUCGUUCAAGAAACUGAAUACAACGAACCUGCUUUACCUGCAGGCAGAGAUCACACUCAAAGAGAAGGAGCUGAAGGGAAUUAUACAGGAGGACCAGGACUCGCAGGAUCCCUAUCGUGAGAAAUUCUCAGGCUCUGUAUUGUAUUUGAAAGGGGUCGGUGAGCCUUCAGAGCAGUGGGAGAAGUGGCUGGAGCUUAGGGAGUUGUUGGAGAAAUAUAACACUGCAUUGGCACAGCAUGGCCAGCUCCUUCGGUAUAAAGCGCCGCAUCAGCGAGAUCUGAACAUAUUUAGUCAGUGGCUGAAGCAUUAUACCAAGUUCUGGACGGUUGAUGAGAUUAUGCAAUGGUAUGGUUCAGAGGAGAAGGUAAAAGACCUGAUCACGCUGGCUGGGAGAUAUGAGAAUGUCGAUCUGUUGACGCGAUGGAUGUACCGAGUUUUCAUCCCAUUCUGGCACAAGCAUGGAUCUACUUGGUGUCGCAGACUGACCAGAUCUGAAAAGUCCAUGGUGGCGGAUGUCGAGACAGGGACAGUCUAUUACAGCGAUGAGAAGAUCAUUCGUGCGACGAGAAUAACAAGCACAUUGGUGUCGUCCCUGAUUCCGGCGACCUCGAUGCUGGCCCUAUUCUUCGUCAAUAACCUCAAAGUUCGCCUGGCGAUCAUAUUCAUAUACAAUGUGGCGUUUUCAAUGAUGAUUGGCCUUCUGGCAAAGACCAGGCGGGUUGAAGUGUUUGCGGCUUCUUCAGCCUUUGCAGCUGUGCAAGUGGCGUUUAUUACUAACCUUCCUGGGAACUGAGUGCAGUUACGUCUUCAGAUGUGCGAUGUGGGUGGACAUUCGAGCAUCCCAAGGUGGAGAAUAUAUCAAAUGAGAUAUGCAUGUACAGCCUGUACAGUCUUGC